ACUGGCGCACCAUUCGCCUGCUUGAAAACAUCCCGCAGCGAGUGGCCAGUUCUGAUUGGAGCGAUGAUAAAACCCCGCGCUCGAAGCAAAUGUGGAGAAGGGCAGCGCGCACUGGCUAAUGACGGGCAAGCUUGACAGUGAUUGGCAGGGCUGCCAUGACAACCACAGCACGACAUCAGGAAGACCAAUAGAAAAGCGAAACAAAAUGUUUCACCGUUGCACUCGAAGUUGAUUAAGGGUAGAUAUUACGCGUUCGGUGGCACAACAGCGAUAGCGGCGCAAACACGACGUCCGUAUUGCCGUCUUUUCCCGUCUGUUUGUCUCUGUCCGAUGACUCCAUGGUUUUCAGGUCUCCUUUAGAGCUUUAUCCCUCACAUCUUUUCCUUCCCAAUUUCGCGGAUCGCCCUCUGCUUCUAGCGGGCAGCAUUCCCAGAGCGAGAUCCCCGGAGGACUUACCGAUGUUUCAGUUGCCCACCCUAAACUUCUCGGCGGAACAGGUGGCCAGCGUGUGCGAGACGCUGGAGGAAACCGGAGACAUCGAGAGACUCGGACGUUUCCUUUGGUCCUUGCCCGUGGCACCGGGAGCCUGCGAUGCCAUCAACAAGCACGAGUCCAUCCAGCGAGCCCGAGCGGUGGUCGCGUAUCACACUGGAAGCUUCCGUGAAUUGUACCACAUCCUGGAAAACCACAAGUUCACCAAAGACUCUCAUGGAAAGCUGCAAGCGAUGUGGCUCGAAGCGCACUACCAAGAAGCGGAGAAGCUGCGCGGUCGUCCCCUCGGACCCGUUGAUAAAUACCGGGUCCGCAAGAAGUUCCCUUUGCCACGGACCAUCUGGGAUGGCGAACAGAAGACGCACUGUUUCAAGGAACGGACUCGCGGCUUGUUGAGGGAGUGGUACCUACAGGAUCCGUACCCCAAUCCGAGCAAGAAAAGGGAACUGGCACAAGCCACUGGACUGACUCCUACUCAAGUGGGCAAUUGGUUUAAAAAUCGAAGGCAAAGAGACAGAGCGGCAGCUGCCAAAAACAGGCUCCAGCACCACGGACUGGGUCAAAGCGGCCUGCGGUCCAUGUCGGAGUCCGGGUGCACACCGCACAGCUCGGCCGAGUCCCCUUGCGCGGCCGCCAGCCCCACCACCAGCGUCUCCAGUAUGAAUGAACGAGGCGACGGCGGGACCAUUCUCUCAGUUACUGACAGUGACUCGGAUUUCGAUGUAUGAUGCACCGUCAGACAAAUAUGGAACAUUUUUGCCCAGAGAAAAAUGAACUUGUGAGAAAUUGUGGGCAACAUGGGGGCCGGCCAUUUUGCCACCUUGUGUUAUUCAAAAGGAGAAAAGCAUGCUGUUUUUCCAGCGCUUCAACGGACUGACGCCCUUUCCUUUCAUUUCCAAUGCCUACACGACCAUUUUGCAUGUUCAUUUGUGAAUAUUUUGCAUUUUUAAAAGGCAUUUAUGAAGUGGAGUCUGAGAAAGUAGAACUCGAUGCUCAAUGAAAUGAGUGAACCGGAGAGACAAUUUUGUUAUUUUGUGUUUAUCAGACAAUCGUUGAAGUCAAAAGCACCUUUAUUCCCCCUCGUCUUUUACUCGACAGCAGAUGUUCAUACUAAUUUUAUCUCGAGAUUUAUAUUGAAUUGUCCAUGUCUGAUUCAAAGUUUUCCUUAGGUCUAGGCUUGUCUAGAUAUGCUUGUAUGAUAUCGCAAUUGCGCCACUCUCUUUCCUGCAAAUGUCUUUAUGUUGUGUCCAUAAAGCGUGAGUAACUGUCUGUUAAGUGCUUGGAGAUUUUAAGUGUCUAUUCAUUCUGCUCGUUUUUAUACUGUAAAUGGGUUAAUGGCGCUGAAAACACAGUGUUAUGGGUCACUUUUAUGCAAAUAAAUAUAAUUUAAUA